GCUAGUUCGGGGCUCGUUAGCAUGCUAGCUAGCAAAGCGGAGUUCGGCUCUGCAGUUUUGCAGUUACGAUGUUCAGAGUUGAGUCUCGGUGGUUUUUUUCAUGCAUGUUAUUUCGGUGGAUGUUUGCUUUGUCUUUUAAAUGUAGAAGUGCGGUAAAGAAGCGUAGGAGCGACAAAGUAGCUGAAGAAAACAAGCAAAAAAUACAGAAACUGAAAAACAGACUGGAGCGCCUCAGCGGUGUUAGCUUCAUUAGCCUGGUUGCUAACGCGGAGUCGUUUGCUAUUUCUCUGGCUUGCAGUCUGUUUUGGUUAGAUGGCUGUUAGCUAAGAUCAAAAGGACAGUAUGGCCACCACAGUUGCUGUCAGUCCCAGUGAAUAUCUUCAGCCCUCGACCACCACCUCUCAAGAUUCUCAGCCGUCACCUUUGGCCCUCCUGGCUGCCACUUGCAGUAAGAUCGGCCCACCUGCUGCCCAAGCUCCAGCCAGCGCUCCACCAGCCCAGCCAACCACACGCCGCCUUCACCCCAUCAAACCUGCUCCCAUUGCUCCAGCUCCACCCAAAAACCUGGGCUUUCUGUCAGCCAAAGGAAAUAUCAUUCAGCUCCCUGCAAGUGUAGGUUCUUCAGGAUCCAGUCCGAUCCUCCUAACUAUCCAGCCCCCAGCUCGCCAAGCAGGUACAUCUACUGCCAACGUUCAGUACCAGGUGGUGCCCCAGAUCCAGGGAGGUCAGACCAUUCAGAUGGUACCCCAGGGUGGACAGAUCCAGAUCAUCCCUGGGACCAACCAGGCUAUCAUCACCCCUGUUACAGUGCAGGCUGCUACUCCCACUUCCUCACAGAAGACCGUACCCAUCAAGCCAUCAACGCAAAAGCGUAGGCAGAACAACACAAACGUUACACCCGCCACUAACAUAGUGCGUUUGCCUAGUGGACUUGCUCUGCCGCUCAAUGUUGCUACAGGUGAAGUUGGUGCAACUCAGAUCGUCACAGAGUCAGCAGCCUCCUCACCGCGGCCAGUAAAAGGAAAGAGGGGGCGGAAGAGACUGGCUGCAGUAGUUGCUCCCCCGCCAGCCUCUCCUCCAGCUAUUGCUGAGCAGGUGGAAACAGUGCUGAUAGAAACAACAGCUGAUAACAUCAUUCAAGCAGGGAACAAUCUCCUGAUUGUGCAGAGUCCAGGAGGGAGCCAGCCCGUGGUACAGCAGGUGCAGUUGGUUCAGCAGAAAUCAGAUCAGCAGGUGGUGCAGAUACCACCUCAGGCCCUAAAAGUGGUACAAGCUGCCUCUGCAACACUCCCCCCUGUGCCCCAGCGAGUGCCAACUACUCCCAGUGUGCAAGUGGCUCCCUCAGAACCCACGCAGGUACUGAUUAAAACAGCUUCAGGUGAAUGGCAGGCAGUCCAGCUGCAGGAGACCAUUGUAACCACUCCACCGACACCUACCACCACUCCUGUCACGCCAGCUGCAGUGAGUAAGAAAGCCCAGCCGGGGGCACGGAAAGAGAGGACCCUUGCCAAGAUCGCCCCUGCUGGUGGUGGUCUGAUAACCCUUAAUGCAGCACAGCUCACUUCAGCAGCUCAAGCCGUGCAGACCAUUAAUAUCAACGGCGUCCAAGUACAAGGAGUUCCUGUCACCAUCACCAAUUCAGGGGGACAGCAGCACCUGACGGUACAGACAGUUCAGGGAGGUGGGCUUCAGCUGGGAAGUGUGCAGACGCAGGAGCAGCCGCUGAAGGUGGAGCAGACACUUACUCUUGAACUACAGAGCCAGCCAGGAGAGAAGAAACGGCGCAUGGCAUGCACCUGUCCCAACUGCAAAGAUGCAGAGAAAAGGCCGGGUGAGGUUGGGAAGAGGAAGCACAUCUGCCACAUAGUAGGUUGUGGGAAGACCUUCCGGAAGACGUCCCUGCUGCGAGCGCACGUGCGGCUGCAUACAGGAGAGCGGCCUUUUACCUGCAGCUGGGUCUUCUGUGGGAAGAGCUUCACACGCAGUGACGAACUGCAGAGACAUGCUAGGACACAUACAGGAGACAAGCGCUUCGAAUGCUCAAAGUGUCAGAAGCGAUUCAUGCGGAGCGACCACCUCACAAAGCAUUACAAAACGCACCUGAACACGAAGAACUUGUGAACACGUGCUUGCAGAAGUAUUUAAAAACUCUUAAAGAAAACCUUUCCCUGGGAAGGAACAGGGAUUGAGUCAGGGUGUUAAUGGAGGAAAAUCCCUCCCCUCAUCCAAAUCAUACACAUGGUGUGUUCUAGUCCAGGCCCCGUGUCUCAUUUUCAACUCAUCCCGUUUGUCAUAGGAGGGCUGGCCAUGUGUCUAACAUGAGGAUCAGGAAAGCGACACUGGUUGUGUAGUUUGGGAAUCCCUGAGUGUUUGGGUCAGUUUGUUCUUCCUCAGCAGGAAGCAGAAUGUGUGCACCGUGGAUCUCAAGACAUGAAUUGCAGCACCAACAAAGUACUCCAGCCAAGAAGCUCUGGGGUUUUUGUUUUCCCCCAUAUUAAGUUUUAGAGCAGUUUUAUGCGUUUUAUUUCGUUGAGCCUUUUGACUGGUCUGUAGCAGCUCAUGGACAGCUUUUAUGAUGUAAAUGUUUGCUUAUAUUCAGACAUACGGUAUAUUUGUACAUAUGAAAAUGCUUGGACUUGCUCUAUACUCCAGCCAUGGUGGGUGUUUUUUUUUUUUUUUGGGUCCCCCCCCCCCCCCCCCCCCCCCCCAGAAUUGAAAAGUUUGAAAUGCUCUUAUCCUCCUUACAUAACAUUUUGUAACAUUUAACGGCUGUUUAGAAUGAAUAUAUUUUGCUGUGACUGGACAAUCAUGCCCCGAGUGUGGAAGAACAGUUGAUGGACGCCAGUUAAGAAGUCGUAAAUUGAAAACUUCAGAAACGUAUACAGAAGAUAGCUGUACGGUAUUUAGUCAUAUAAUUAUUUAGAUGAUAUGUUCUGGACGUUUUAGAGUUGAUUAUCGAAUCUGAUAUUCAGAUGGCGAAGUUGGGAAUUGGGUACAAAUUUGUUACCUUUGUAGACAUAUGGACUUACCUUUGCAAACGCAAGACACUGUUGGAGGGAAAUGAACUUGAUGACUUGGCCAGAUCCAGCUAUAAUACAGUACAACUUCAUGUAAUUCAAACAGUCUGACAGAUAGAUACCCACGAGUUUUGGAAUGUAUUCCAGCCAGGACUAUAUCGAUGUUUAACGUCCAGUUUCUUAAGAGUACUUUAAGGAGAAAAUGUUUGUGCAUAGGUAUGUUCGUAUCGUGUCUCUGAGUACAUGCAGGUAUAUCUUGGAGACCACAAAAUGUAGGAUAUUUGUUACACAAACGGGUGUAUCGGCUGCUCUGGCCAAACCUGAAGAAAAAGGACUGUGUAUAUUGUAAAUGAGCAAAGAAGAGACAAUGUAUAGUUUCAUUCCUGUACCACACAAGCCUAUUAGAUGACCCUUUUUAUCAAUUUAAUGUUGCCUUAGAAAGCUUCACUCCCUAUUUAAAGAGGUUUCUGUCUAAUGAAAUGGAGCUGCAUUUGUAGAUUUGCUUUAUCUUUUGUCUAACUUGUAUUAUGAAAUGCCAACUUUAUGUGCACUGACCAAAUUCAGGGUUUUACUUUACUGGUUAAUUUUAGUAUUUUUCCCCCCCAUUCAAUGUUGUUAGGUGACUUUGUCAGAAUUGGAAAAAAGGCCCUAUUUUUAUCUUUCCUAGAUAAAUCUUGCACCUAAAAUGCCCGUCUCUGAUCACUAACAGUGGGCAACUAUUUCUAUCGUUAUGGAGGUGUUUAAACAGGAGAGCUUGCUACUUUUUCUACAGUCGGUCCAUCUUUCCCAAACUGACAAUAAAGCAUUCAAAUGACUGUUUGUUUGUUGCAAUGUGUCACUGCAAGUGCCCAUCAGCCAAUACUGUACAAUUUACUGAUUAUUCAGAGGCAUCGUUUGCAUAUCGAAGCCUUUUUGGAUAUCAUGAUUGUGAUAUUGAUUACAAAAUAAAGCCCUGUCCUCUGCUA